AUGCUGAGAGUCCGGAAAAAAGGUUGCUUUGGGAUUUGGUCGUUGCCCUUUAUAAUAACAGUGGUUUGUGCACAGAGUGCUAAUGAUCCCAGCAAUAUGUCCCUAGUAAAAGAGACUGUGGAUAGAUUGCUGAAAGGCUACGACAUUCGACUGAGGCCAGAUUUUGGAGGUCCUCCUGUGUCGGUUGGCAUGAACAUAGACAUAGCCAGUAUAGACAUGGUGUCAGAAGUCAAUAUGGACUAUACUUUGACCAUGUACUUUCAACAAGCAUGGAGGGAUAAGAGGCUUUCGUAUAAUAUAAUACCUUUAAAUCUUACACUGGACAAUAGAGUAGCAGAUCAGCUUUGGGUUCCUGAUACCUACUUCCUGAAUGAUAAGAAGUCAUUUGUACAUGGUGUCACCGUGAAGAACAGAAUGAUUCGUUUACAUCCAGAUGGGACAGUUCUCUAUGGUCUCAGAAUUACAACAACAGCUGCAUGCAUGAUGGAUCUACGAAGAUAUCCCUUAGAUGAACAAAACUGCACAUUAGAGAUAGAAAGUUAUGGCUACACAAUUGAUGAUAUUCAAUUUUACUGGCGCGGGGGUGAUAAUGCAGUUACAGGAGUGACAAAGAUUGAACUGCCACAGUUCUCUAUAGUGGAUUACCAACUUAUCACCAAGAAGGCUAAAUUCUCAACAGGUUACUAUCCCAGGUUGUCCCUAUGUUUUAAACUUAAGAGAAACAUUGGCUAUUUCAUUCUGCAGACUUACAUGCCUUCCAUUCUGAUCACUAUUCUGUCUUGGGUAUCAUUCUGGAUUAAUUAUGAUGCGUCAGCUGCAAGGGUGGCUUUAGGGAUUACAACAGUGCUGACAAUGACAACCAUUAAUACCCAUCUGCGAGAAACACUACCCAAAAUUCCCUACGUGAAAGCCAUUGACAUGUAUCUGAUGGGCUGCUUUGUCUUUGUAUUCAUGGCUCUUCUGGAGUAUGCCUUUGUGAACUACAUCUUUUUUGGGAAGGGACCACAGCACCAGAAGAAAGCAGCAGAAAGAGCUGCCAGUGCUAACAAUGAAAAAUUACGAAUGGAUGUCAACAAGAUCUUUUAUAAAGAUAUAAAACAAAAUGGGACCGAAUUGCGAUCCCUGGAUCCCACUGGAAAUCUCUCCCCAACUAGAUGGACUGCCACUUACGAUUACCCUCUUAAAACGAUGGAUCCACAUGAGAACAUUUUGUUGAGCACGCUUGAAAUUAAAAAUGAGAUGGCUGCCUCUGAAGCUGUUAUAGGGCUUGGGGAACCUAGAAGCAAGAAGCUGGCCUAUGAUACCUCCAGUAUCCAGUAUCGAAAGGCUGGUUUACCAAGACACAGCUUUGGCCGUAAUGCUCUGGAACGGCACGUGGCCCAAAAGAAAAGCCGGUUAAGGAGACGUGCUUCUCAGUUGAAAAUUAAUAUCCCUGACUUGACUGAUGUAAAUGCCAUAGAUCGAUGGUCACGCAUAUUGUUCCCGGUGGUUUUUUCUUUCUUCAAUAUUGUCUAUUGGCUUUACUAUGUGAACUAA